UAGCCAACCAUUUCUGAUUUAUCUGGCGGGAAAGAAGGCAGUGCUAUCUUUCAGGGUGGAGGCACAGGAAAGACAGAGCAGACUGGUGCUGCAGAGAGGCCAGCCUAGAGAAGGCAGCAGCAGCUCAGGUUAGCUCAGCUCAGCACUGCUGCAGCCCCUGGCUGCCGCGGCUGGCUGCACCCCACCUAGCCCUGGCUGCAGAGCCCCCAGCCCAGUGCUUGGCCCAACGGAGCUACCGCCUAUUCCUGGGGAAGACUCAGCUGGACCAGCCAGGUCACCUCCUCCAAGCCCACAGGCCAGCACCUCCCACCUUGCACCCUUGGGUCCUCUCCCACUCACUCCUCUCCUCUCCUCCCCCUGCCUUACCUGCAGUGGCCCCUGCCUGGCCACGCAAAUCUAUCUCAGCCCUCCCACCCAUCCUCUCUCUCUUUCCAAGCCCCUGUGGCUGGUUACCUGCCCCCAGCCCUUGCAGUGGCUUUCUCCAGGCUCUGGCCAUGAAGCCCCCAGGGCCAGAAGAAACCCAGAAGUCAACCUCAGACAUCUGCGUGUUUGCCAGCAGCUGCACACUGCACGGGCUGGGCCAUGUUUUCAGGCCCGGCGGCUUGACCGUGCGCCGGGGGCUGUGGGCCGUGGCCGUGCUCCUGUCGGUGUCCGCCUUCCUCUACCAGGUGACUGGGAGGGUGCGCUACUACCAGGAAUUCCACCACCAGACGGCCCUGGAAGAGCGAGAAAGCCACCAGCUCACCUUUCCAGCUGUCACCCUGUGCAACAUCAACCCACUGCGCCGCUCACACCUCACGCCCAAUGACCUGCACUGGGCCGGGCCCGCACUGCUGGGCCUGGACCCCGCUGAGCACACAGCCUUUCUGCGCGCCCUGGGCCGGCCUCCCGCGCCACCCGGCUUCAUGCCCAGUCCCACCUUCGACAUGGCGCAGUUCUACACCCGUGCUGGGCACACCCUGGAGGACAUGCUGCUGGACUGCAGCUACCGUGGUCAACCAUGUGGGCCAGAGAACUUCACUACGAUCUUCACCCGUAUGGGGCAGUGUUACACGUUUAACUCUGGCAUUGAUGGGGCAGAGCUGCUCACCACCACCAAGGGUGGUGCCGGCAAUGGGCUGGAGGUCAUGCUGGAUGUGCAGCAGGAGGAGUAUCUGCCUGUGUGGAGGGACAUGGAGGAUAACCUAUUUGAAGUGGGGAUCCGAGUGCAGAUUCACAGCCAGGAGGAGCCCCCCCUGAUCGACCAGCUGGGCUUCGGGGUGGCCCCUGGCUACCAGACUUUCGUGUCCUGUCAGCAACAGCAACUGAGAUUCCUGCCACCUCCCUGGGGCGAUUGCAGUUCCGUUUCUCUGGACCCUGACUUUGAGCCAGAGCCCUCUGAUCCCCUGGGUCACCCCAGCAACAGCAUCAGGCCCAGUCCUCCCUAUACCCUAACGGGGUGUCGCCUGGUCUGUGAGACCCGCUACGUGGCUCGGAAGUGUGGCUGUCGAAUGAUGCACAUGCCUGGCGGCGCUCCAGUGUGCAGCCCCCAGCAGCACAAGAACUGCGCCAGCACAGCUCUGGGCGCCGUGCAGCGGAAGGAUGUGUGCGCCUGCCCCAACCCCUGCGCCAGCACGCGCUACGCCAAGGAGCUCUCCAUGGUGCGGAUCCCUAGCCGCGCCGCCGCCCGCUACCUCGCCCGGAAAUUCAACCGCAGCGAGGCCUACAUCGCGGAGAACGUGCUGGUCCUGGACAUCUUCUUUGAGGCCCUCAACUACGAGACGGUGGAGCAGAAGAAGGCCUACGAAAUGUCGGCAUUGCUCGGCGACAUUGGUGGCCAGAUGGGGCUGUUCAUCGGGGCUAGCCUGCUCACCAUCCUUGAGAUCCUAGACUACCUCUGUGAGGUGUUCCGAGACAGGGUCCUGGGUUAUUUCUGGAACGGAAGGCGCUCCCAAAGGCACUCCAACACCAACCUGCUUCAGGAAGGGCUGGGCAGCCAUGGAACCCAAGUUCCCCACCUCAGCCUGGGCCCCAGGCCUCCCACCCCACCACGUGCUGUCACCAAGACUCUUUCUACCUCCCACCGCACCUGCUACCUCGUCACUCGGCUCUAGACCUACUAUGUCCUCAGGGCCACGCCUUGACAUCCUGGACAUAACCAGCCUGCACAGAACUUUGCCAUCUUCACCCCAAAUAAAGUUCUAAUGCAUCA